AUGGCAGUUUUAUACUCUCAACAGUUGGUGUUUCCCGCUUCCAAGCCCUUGAGACAAGUGUAUGGGAUGGCUGUGAAUGCAGUGUAUUGGCUAAGCAGUAUUAACCCGGUCCUUCGUGACUCCAUAGAGGCAACUUUUGGUGCUUUACCCGACUACUUUGACAACUCUGAACGUUUCUGGGAGACACCUGAUGGGCCUGAUUGGCUUUGGUGGUUUAUUGCAAUUUUGCCGCUCAAGACUGAUAUAAAGAUAUUAAUUUUAUCAACCAAUUGUAUUUUUAAACGCUUUAUGGCUGUCAUUCGAACCCUGGAAGCAAUGCGACAUAUUCCUAACACACGUAGUAACUUAGCAUGUGAACUUUAUAACACAAUUGGAUGUGAAGAU